AUGAUAAGCACGGAGAGUGUUUUGGAGAGUGGGGACCAGCCUUGCAUCCGGCUGGAGCCCCUGAAGAGCACGCACUUGCCGGGCAAGGCGACGCCGACCGGUGGCAGCCGCGCCGUCUUCCCGGGCAGCAGCAGCCCCAAAGUGACGGCCAACGGAGUGCACGACAUAGAGGACCGGAUCCUGAGGAUCACCGGCUACUACGGAUACAACCCGGGCUACUCCAGUCACAGAAGAGAGGAUGGCUCAGAGUCUCACGCGGAGACGCCCGGCAGCGAGACCAGCGGAGAGAGCCGGUCCUACCACACAUGUACCAACGCGGCGCUGAAGGUGCUGGGCGGUUUGCUGAUGGUGCUGUGUGUUUCCUCCUCCUGGGUGGGCACCACUCAGGUGGUGAAGCUGACUUUCCAGUCAUUCUCCUGUCCCUUCUUCAUCUCCUGGUUCAGCAGCAACUGGAACAUCCUCUUCUUCCCCAUCUACUACUCGGGGCAUGUUGCUACCACACGGGAGAAGCAGACCCCCAUACAGAAAUUUAGGGAGUGCAGCAAGCUCUUUGGGGAGGAUGGAAUGACUCUGAAGCUUUUCGUGAAGAGGACAGCGCCCUUCUCCAUCCUGUGGACGCUGACCAACUACCUGUACCUCUUAGCCUUGAAGAAGCUGACCGCCACUGAUGUCUCCGCACUCUACUGCUGCCACAAGGCCUUUGUCUUUCUGCUGUCGUGGAUCGUCCUGAAGGACCGCUUCAUGGGCGUUCGGAUUGUGGCAGCCAUAAUGGCCAUCACUGGUAUCGUCAUGAUGGCUUAUGCCGAUGGUUUCCACGGUGAUUCCUUUGUGGGCGUGGCUUUGGCUGUGGGUUCAGCCUCGACAUCAGCCCUCUAUAAGGUGCUGUUCAAGAUGUUCCUGGGCAGCGCCAACCUCGGGGAAGUGGCUCAUUUUCUUUCCACCAUGGGCUUCUUCAACCUCAUCUUCAUCUCCUGUGUGCCCCUCAUCCUCUACUUCACCAAAGUGGAGCACUGGGGCUCUCUGUCCUCGCUGCCCUGGGGGUACCUGUGUGGACUGGCAGGACUGUGGCUGGUGUUCAACAUCCUGGUCCAUGUCGGUGUGGUGCUGACGUACCCCAUUCUCAUCUCCAUAGGGACACUGCUCAGUGUGCCGGGCAACGCAGCCGUAGACGUCUUGAAACAUGAGGUGAUCUUCAGCGUGGUGCGCCUGGCAGCCACCUGCAUCAUCUGCCUGGGCUUCCUGCUGCUGCUGCUGCCGGAGGAGUGGGACUCGGUCACGCUGCGUUUUCUGGCCACCAUUGCGGACAAGAAGUCGGAGGAGCACGGCGAGGAGCUCACCGAGUCCAGCGUCAACACUCGGAGCCGCAGUCGAGCGAACGGCACCGUCUCCAUUCCCCUGGCGUGACACGGCUGAGCUCUGACGUCAACCUCUGCUAACUCGUGUUCCUCCGGAGAACAUCCUGGAGGUGUAGCAGGAUGUUCAGUCAACAUGGACGCAACAACCAGGAGGACAAGAAGUAUCAUCUUGAACUUCACUCUGGAGAUGUACCUCUGGCUCUGUCACUUCACAGCAGGAGGAGGACUUUUACGGAUCAUGCAAACUGCAAAGGGUUGAAAGUGUUAUUUACUUUCUUGAACUACUUGCCACGCUCCAUCCCUCGCACGCACCCAAACCAAGAGCUGACUGGCUUCCCCCUGACAUGCUCUGCGGACUGUAUUCUGUGAAUAUAAAUAUUGGCGG